AUGCCAGCUGUGGAUCUGGGGUCUAUCACACAGCUCGGGACUGGCUUCUACCCAGAAGGAGAAUUCGCGGAUAUGCUGGCUGCAAUCUCCAUAAACCCUACACUCCACGCGUUCCGUAUCCUCAAUCUCCCCAUGGUCAAUCUUAACGAAGACGGCGCAACGGUACCUGGAAAGACACAAGUCUACUUCUGCCAGAUACUCAUGCAAAACUUUGCCAAUAAGAUCUUCCGCUUCAUGGCAAACCGAGGAUCGAAUCUACGAGUUCUCGCCAUCAGGCCUAGCUCAAAAGAUGUUCGAGAUGCUGGGAAGGACUUGGGCAUUGACGCUAAUGGCCACCAAUGGCCCGAUUAUCACUACGCUCGAGGUCGGCUCACGGAAGUCACGGGCAUGAAUGGAGUGGUUGCGCAUCCUCUGAGGAACGUUCUACAGGACUUUCCUGAUUUGGUGUCGUUGUUUAAUUGA